AAAUGCAUGAUGAUAAAACAAAUAAUGUUUCAUGUUGUGAAACUUCGAAGUCACUUGUGGAAGCAUUCUAGAGAUGAUGUUGCUGCAAGUAAUGUGUAUCAGCCACUGGGCUGUCUGGAUGAUGUCAUGAAGAAAGAAUGGAGCAAAUGGCAGGAUAUGGAAAACCAAGACAUCAUCUGUGAUGCUGUGGUGUGCAAUAACAUCUCUCUUCUGCAGACAUUUCUAAUUACAUGUCGGGGAUGGAGCUCAGUGAACAUGUUUCAGAGAAUUAGGCAUGAAGUAUAUGUCUGGCUACAGCAACUUCUGAAGCAAGACAUAGAGAAGUCAAAGCAGAUCCUGAUUAAUCUUGUAAGUAAUUCUUACGGUCAUGAAGCAAGAGGGAUGGGCUGGAUAAGACAUAUUGCAUGUACGGGGAAAGCACAAAACACAUAUAGCAAUUAGCUUGAAAUUCUUAACGUAAGAGACCACUUGGUGAUGUAGGUGUAGAUGGGAGAAUAAUAUGA